CUCCCUCCUCUCUGUCAGGGCCCAUCCGUGUCUGAGAGGAAGAAAACUUUCCAAUCUUUAAACACGCUUUGCCAUCAAACUAUGCCACAUAAAGAGCUGUCAGCGCGGGCUGGGUGAAUAAACUCCACACCCCCCAGCUCUGAGAAGAGGAACUGAGGACUUGCUGGUUGUCUUACGAUGCAACGUUUUUCACUACAGCUGCUCUGACUGAAGUUUAGGGACUGACAUCAUGCGUUCCAGUGUGGAUGGACCACAGAGACCCCCUGGCAGAGGAGAGACUGCCAGCAACAACAAUAACAACAGCAGCAGCAGCAGCAGCAGAGAAAACACUGGAAACUCAGGUUCCCAGUAUGCGCUAUGUGCUCUAGGAGUUGGGCUUGUUGCCCUCGGCAUUGUGAUGAUUGUGUGGAGUGUUGUACCUGCAGACCCGGCCGGUAACAGCAGCAGUUCAGGAGAAGACACUGGCACUGGUAGCAGGAAAAAUAAAGCAUCUUCUGUGGCGUUUGUCUUGGUGGGUUCUGGCGUGGUCAUGCUGCUGUUGUCCUUGUGUGUGGGAAUGAGGAACAAACAGCGAGAGCAGCUGAUGCUCCGGGAGGCCCAGAACCGUGGAGGAGUGGCAGCUCGGGAACAAGAGGAAAGAGAAAUUGCUGAGGAACAAGCCCAGCGGUACGCCGUACCCAGCUAUGAAGAGGCAGUAGGCAGCGGCCAGUACCCUGUUCGUCAGACCAACCAUCCCCCAAUCUCCUCCCAUCUACCUUCCUAUGAUGACCUGGUUGAAGUCGACGGUGUACAGUAUGAAUAUGAGGGGUCAGAGGUCACAACUACUGGAUCACAGCCUGUUCCAGCUUCCAGUGCUCCCACUACUGCUACUUCCGCAUCAAAUCGUCGACCUGGGAAAAAUAGCCGCAAGCUCCUCCCUAUCAAGAUCCGCAGGAUUAAAUCAGAGAAGCUGCACAUGAAAAACAUUGAUAACUCUCAGCCAGGAGCUGGAAUCAGUAUAGAGCCACUUACUCCACCACCACAGUAUGAGGAUAAAGUGCCUCCACUUUAAGAUCAAGCUGAUGAUGUUUGAAACAAUCUACUGAAAUUCCUGGAAUUUGCUGUGAUCACCUUUUGUGGAUCUGGAUCUGCCUCAUUAAGCCAAGACUUGAAGAUGGCUCUUCCUGCAGAACAUUCCCAGUGGCACUUUAUUAUAAAAUUCAAUAUCUGUUGAAAUUCAUCAUUAAUGCCACAUCACUCCAAAGCAAAGACCUGAAAAAAACAUUAUUUUUUUAGAUAAGGUUUUUAGACAAAUGGUGACGGACAUAGUUGUUGGAUUCUUUCUUACUGCGGCAGAUUCUGUCACAAUUGGAUUCAAAGCACCCACCAAAUGCAGUUUUCUGUCAGGUCAAAGUAGCUUUCUGUUUAUGUUAUGUAACUGACCUCCACUGUGCACUGACCGGACAUGUGAGUUGACGCUGGACGAAGUCAUAAGAUGUGUGUAGAAGUCUAGGAAGUAUUUCACUGUGUGAGGCUUUGGAUUGCUUCAGCCAGCAGUUUACCAGAUGUUAGCUCAGCGCUGAGUGACUGAGCCUUGUCUGUAUUCAGCUGGCUUGACCUGAUGUGGUAUGCUGCACAGAAACACUCCACCACAUUGUCAACAAUAUUGUGUCCCGUGGUCCUCUAAAGCUCUAGAGAGACUUGACUGCAUGUUCGACAGAACGGGAGUCCUGCUCUUCUUCCAUGUUAAGUUCUUUUUUUCUCACUAGCUUUUGGAUCAGUUUCCUUUGCCUGUCUGUCUGAAAAGCUGAAACAUGAUAAUGGGGGUUUUCUUGACGAAGGUGGAGUGUCUACUGGACAGCACCAUUUAAGAAUCUUCCAUUUUGAUUAAGAUAAAACCAAGCUUGUUCAGCAUUUAUCAGCCACAGCUCCCAUGACUCAUAGCAAUAGGCACUCUACCUAAUGGGAAACAUGGUUGUUGAAUGCUAACAAAAUAUCACUUGUUUUACCAUAUAGUAUCAUGUCACUUGAAUCUUGCUGUCCAGUAGUGUGUUGAUUAUCAGAAGAGGAAGGUAUGGGUUGGAUUCCACCAACAAUGGAGAAAAAUUGCUGGGUCUUUAGCUAACUGCUACUAACUGCUAAAACCUUCUCACAAGCAGCUUUCCGCUGCUUUGUGCUCGACAGGCAGCAGGUAGUUGAUAUGCAUAUAUUAUUACACUCAACCGGACAAUUUAUGUUAGCAAAAAAAACGCCAUUCAAAAUUAUAAAUUAGCUGGGAUGCAGUUUGGGAGAGAAAGGCAGCGGCUGUUUUCAAAAAAAAAAAUCCAGGGUGCACUGUAUUUAAGGCCUGAAAUUUAUAUUAACUCUCACUAGUGCAGCACCAGUGCUCACCAUUAACCUCACCAUUAGGUCACCAUUUAAUAGAAACUGCAUUCUGGGAAGAAACCAUUUUCCAGGAAGCUCAGGGUCUCAUUUUGUGGUGUCUUUUAAUGAGUGGUGAUUCUAACUUGCUGCAGCUGCAACACAGUUUGUCCUCCAGCUCUACACACUAAUGUACAUUUAAAUGCCUUUGUGCUCAGAACAAUACUACUGCUCUUCCUAAAGCAUUUCAAAAGACAUAGUAUGACAGAAUCUGAUCUCUCCCACUGCUCUUCUAAAUGCAGCGUUGCUCUUACUCCUGCAAAUAGUGGGUAGAGAAGGAAGUAUGUGAGAGCAGUCUGGAAGGAGCUCGUGAAUAGCUGAAAGCCUUUGGCAGUAGCCAUGGUGAACGCUGUUAGGCUGUGAAGGCAGUAGUGUAGUCUCUGCUUCUCUCUGGACUUGUUUUUGUUCUGAUUCGAGAUGACCAACAGAAAGAGUCUUUGACCGUGCAGCUGCGCCAUAAUAACAGCAGCUAUUGCUCACUCGCUUGCUCAUCACCAUUCCUCCAACCACAGCUCAACUUGCAGCCAUUUUCACUCAGAGGUUUGCAGAGAAUGAGCAGCGAGAGACGAGAGACAGCUCAGGAUUAUUCAGUCAUCAUCAACAAACUCUCCUUUCCUCUUAUGGUUAGACUUGUUUAGAUGUGAACAGCUGUAGCCAAAGUGAAUGAUUUAUCUUUUCAUUCACUUAAACAUUACAUUUUUAAAGGUCACACAAGAUUCUUCCCCUCUUUUGUUUUGUGGGACAAAAGACACUUCUUCAUCAGUGACGUCAUCACCCAGUUCCACAUUGUGUCUGAGUAAAAUUCAGUCCAAAUCAUGCAAAAAAGAGACUUAGAUACUCAUUGUCAGCUGGUUAUAUUAUAUAUUACCAGGUUUUCUGUCAAGAUAAAGCCAACAAGGUCACUGAGUCACUUCAGGUUUGUCAUUGGAAGGCAGCGCACAACAGCUAUGUUGAAAUGUGUCGCACAGUAUAUUGAUUCUUUAUUUUGUGUCCUGUUCACUACUGCAGACAGUCAUUGUACCUCAAUGGCAAAGGACCAGAUAACUACAUGACUGAUUUUAUGACUAUAUAGUCAAAAUGUUUUACAUCGAUGAAUGAGUGUUUUGAUUUAGCAGUCACUUUCUAUUUUACUUAGAUACGUGUCCGAAACACAUGAUGUUUGUUGUCUGUUUCAUUUAUUAUUGCUUUUUUUUUUAUUACUUAUGUCUUUGUUUCUUUUUAUAUGUACUGUGAAAAUAUACUUUUCUAUGAUAAUUCUAAUAUGUUUGUGGAGAAUGAAUGUUUGUUUUUCCUGAAGAGUGGGAAAAAAUGAUCU